AUGGCAAUGUCUUCAAACCCAGCGAUGCAGGUGCACCCAGGCCGUGGGCUUGGUUUCCUCGUCUUAGGAGCUUCGUUGCACGAUGUCUUGACGCGACUGAAAGCCCAAGUACAGGUUUACCCUAGCAUAGACGUCUCCUAUUCGCCGUCCAAGCCUCUUGCUGCCCCUGUCAUACUGAAUCUACCUCCGAAUGGCAUUCGUCUACGAUUCGAUGGACCUGACCAGAGACUUAGGCUGAUCGAGGUCCUGGAUUUCACCAAGACGCAGUUGAUCUACAAGAAUACUGAUCUGGUCAAACUACCUGAGACAACAGGGCCAGAUUCUUCAACAUCAAGUUCAAGCGGCCCAGCCUUUCGACACGUCUACAAUAGACUAAUGGGCCCCGCGUUUCCUGGAGAAUACAUUCCACCAGCUUCCAACUCGGGCUUGACCCAAGGAUUGUACAUACUAUCAUACCCGGGUAUCGCAUUCACGUUUCCAUUCCAGGAUUCCAAAUGGGAUCCUGCCAAGGACUUUGUUUCUUUACUUUCUUCCAACGCUGCUGCACCCGGGAAAUCGAUGGCGAUUUUUGGUGGUGAAUCAUGGCAAGAUGCGUGUCACGAGUUGAUGAUUACUCCAUGCUCGAACCCAAGGUUACUUGCGCUUUCGAGCCGUGGUAAAGAGUUCCGCCCGCGUGAAGUUGAUCUUGUUAGAAUUCGUGGCAAUGGUUGGGUAGACGUUGAAAGAGGUGCCAAUACCCCGAACUUUCGGAUCAGUCUGGGCAAGACCACUCCACAAGAUCUUGUGGCAGAAUUGGGCCCACCAGACGCGAUAUACCACAAAUCUGACCGGAAGAUGGCUGUCUACAAAAUUCAGCAUAGGGAUCGAAAAACCGCAAGGACCUCAUCCGGCACCUUCUACACUAAUCAUGAAGACAUGACCGAUACUGAUCAGUCCUCUCUGCAAUCAGCCACCGACGACUCAGACGCUGAAGAACGGUCGAACGCUACGGGUAACACAAAGGCAGACUCGUCUGCCGAAUGCUUCUACAACUACUUCAACCAUGGGUUUGAUAUCUUCAUCUCACGGCCCACCCUUCCGGCCCCUAGUUUCUCUUCUGCUGAGAAUGACGGCAGAGAGAUGGUCGAAGUAGGGGAGUCAAACCAGCUUGUGGCAACAAAGGUUCUCUUGCACGCCAACGUGCCAGGAUCUUAUCCAUUUAAUCGCUAUCGCCGUAGUCGUUGGGUCAUUGAUGUCCAAACCUCUGAACUCGACGGUGCCUUGAAUUCGGAGACUCCCUUUACCACACUGUCUGGAUCCCUCCGGCAGAUCUCGCGAAACCAUUCUGCGGGUGAGAACGGCGAGGACUCACUCCAAAGGCACAUAGUGCUCAACAGAGAAUUGGCAGAAAGUCCAGGGAGCAGCUGCGAACUGCUCGGCGGAUGGGAGGAAAGCACAGACACCCAGCGAGAAGGCUCAAUGGACAGUACGGCCAGAGAUGGUCCAGGGUACGGUAACACUAAGCUGUUUGGUUUUCCUGGGUUAUUGUUCGAGGUACUCAGGAAUGAUGCUGUAAGCUGCUUGACGGUGUAUUGA